GUUAGAAGAAAGGAAGCAGAUGAAAGCAGAAAAACUGGAAAGUUGAGUAAAAGAGGUGUUGUAAUGACUUGUAGCAAAUGUGGCACACAAGGACACAAUAAAAGAGGAUGUCCUACAAGAAACCAAGUUGAUCCAAGUCAAUCAACUGAACCAGUUUCUCAGGCAAGAAGUACUGGUCCAAGUCAGUCAUCUGAACCAUCUUCUCAUACACAGGCUACUGAAAGUGGUAGAGGAAAAGGCACAGGAAGAGCAACAAGAGGAAGAGCAACAAGAGGAAGAGCAAGUGGCAGAGGUGUUCCAGCUCAAUCACAUGAAAAUGUUACAAACACAGAGACUGUAAAUGGUAGAGGUAGAGGUAGAGGUACAGGUAGAGGAGCAGGAUCAGGAAGAGAAAUGGCUCAAGAAAGAAAUGUGAAUGAAGGACUAAGUAGAGGAAGAGGAAUGACUCAACAUAGUCAAACUAGUUCAGAAGCAAACUACAGUAGAGGAGGCCUAGGAAGAGGGAAGAGACCAGUAGAACAUGAAGACACUAGUGGAGGACAAACAAGACCUUUUAAAAGGCCAAGAAUGGUAGGUGUUGGCAUAUACCAAGCUAAAGAUGGAUUUACAACUCUCAAUCCUGGAUUGCCAAGUAGAAGAGUCAUCAAUACUGGUACAAAAGUUACAAAGAGGGCUGAUGUUGUCACUGGUGAUAUUGGCUACACACCAGUACGUGGAUUCAAAUGGAAGGGGAAGACAACUAUUACAAGUAGCAACCUGGAAAGAAUGAGGGCUGAAAAGGUUAUCCAAACUAGGUCUGUAGCUGCUGCUAAUGCUGCUAAUAGCCAAGGCCAAACAACUUCAAGUAGAAAAACUUCUGUGCCAUGGAAGUAGGGCAUUUUGAUGUUGUCUUGUUCAUUUUGACAAACAAAAUUUAACUAAGCAUAUAUUUGUGUUGUUUUUUAUUGGAAACAAACUCAAUUUUGGGUGUAACCAAACAAACUUGAAUGGUUGGAAUCAAACUCGAUUAUGAAGUCUUCUUUUU